AUGGAAAGAUGUCAAACUUCAGCGUUCAUCGGACUCCGAGCAAUACACUGUGUCUACGACCUGGCGUUCAAACCGGACGGCUCCGAACUUCUCGUUGCCGCUGAUAAUAAAGUGAUCAUAUAUGAUGGUAUCGAUGGGACUUUGUUGCAAGUGUUAAAAGGGCACAAAGAUCUUGUCUAUGCGGUGGCGUGGUCCCACGAUGGUGGAACCUUUGCAUCAGGAAGCGCGGAUAGAUCAGUUAUUCUGUGGACAGAGCAACAUGAAGGAACCCUCAAGUACAGCCAUUCGGAUGCAAUACAGUGCUUAGCCUUCUCUCCGGUUGCUCCAUUGCUUCUGAGUUGUGCUAUGGGAGAUUUCGGGUUGUGGUCUGCUGAUGAAAAGAAUGUGCAGAAGCAGCGAAUCACUGGAAGAUGCGCUUCAUGUGCAUGGAGUCGUGAUGGGACCCUUUUCGCUAUUGGGACCCACGAUGGAUUCGUACACAUCAAGAAAUCAAGUAGUUUUCAAAAUGAUGAUUAUGUUGCGAAAAUUGAAAGGCCUGGAGGUGAGGCUGUGUGGGCUAUCCGAUUUUGCGCGCCUCGACCGCAAGAUGAUGCAUCAAGAAGGUUCUAUGAUAAUGAAUCUUCCUCCGAAAUCCUGGUAGUUACUGACUGGAAUCGUAGAGUGGGAUUCUACGAUUUGGAAGGUAACCCAGUAAAACGGGACGAUAUGGUGCUCAGCUAUGAUCCAACGUGUGUCGAGUUCAUCCCCAGCGGGCAGUUCUUGUUAAUUGGAGGAUCUGGACGACAAGUCACUCUCCAUACAAGAUUAGGUACUGAGAUUGGUACGGUUGCUCAGAUGGACACUUGGGUGUGGUGUAUACGUGUGAGGCCGGUCUCAAAUCCAAAUACAGUUGUCGUUGGCUGCGUAGAUGGCACCAUUGCUUGCUACAACCUAAUGUUCAGCACCAUUCACGGACUUCAUAAAGAGAGAUAUGCUUUUAGAGAUAACAUGACUGAUGUUGUCGUUCAACACUUGAUUCACCACACUAUGACAAGAAUCAGAUGCAAUGACCUCGUGAAAAAAGUCGCAAUAUAUGGACACAAAUUGGCGAUACAACUCCCAGAUCGGCUUCACAUUUAUCGUCAAAUCAAAGGCGAUGGAGAGAAUGAGCAGCUUGAAUACACGCUAAGUGAACAAAUCAACAAAGCAUUUGAUUGUUCUUUGCUGGUGGUGUGCUCGAAUCACUUGAUACUGUGUGAUGAGCGUCGCCUCCAGUGUUAUGAUCAUAAAGGUCUCAAACAAAGAGAAUGGAGACUUGAUUCCGCGAUAAGAUACAUCAAGGUGAUUGGUGGACCACCCGGUCGCGAAACCAUACUGAUUGGAUUACGCGAAGGCCAGGUCUGUAAGUUGUUUGUUGACAAUCCUUUUCCGGUUCACGUUCUAAAAUUGAACGGACCAAUAAAAUGUAUUGAUAUGAGUGUGACGAGAAAAUACAUAGCGGUAGUUGAUGAUAGUGGAUUGUGUGCUGUUUUUGACGCAAAUACGAAAGAAGUUCUAUUUGAAGAACCUAACUGCAAUAGUGUCGCAUUUAACAGCGACAACGAGGACAUAAUCUGCUACUCGGGCAACUCGAAACUCACUGUACGAGCAAGAGGAUAUCCAGGACACCAGCAAACGAUGUUUGGGUUUGUCGUGGGAUUCUCCGGCAAUAAAGUCUACUGUCUUCAUAUCUAUGCAAUGCAAGCGAUUGAGGUCCCAUUUUCUAAUCAGCUCUAUCAGUACAUCGAAAAAAAGGAGUACCAGAAAGCGUACGAGUUGGCUUGCCUCGGAGUGACAAGCGAAGAUUGGGAAAUCCUCGCCAAGGAGGCGAUUGAGGACUUGGAGUGCGGUAUCGCCAAGAAAGCAUUUGCUCGUGUCAAAGAUUAUCGCUCUCUGCAACUCGUUCAUGAGAUCAAGGAAAUGAUAGCCGCAAAUGAACCAGAAUAUAUACUUCGUGGGCAUAUUCUAUGCUAUGACGGCAAAUUUCAUGAGGCUGCCGCCCUAUAUCGUGAGAAUGGCGAUGAUAAUCGUGCAAUGCAACUUUUUACCGAUCUUCAUAUGUUCGAUGAAGCACAGGAGGUUAUGGCCAGCGCAUCUGGUGAGACUCAGCGCAUGUUGAUGCGUAAACGCGCGGAUUGGGCUCAGAAUUCGAACCAGCCGAAAAUCGCCGCCGAAAUGCUCAUUUCGAGUGGGGAUCUGGAUAAGGCGGUUCAGCUGAUUACAGAGAAUGACUGGAUGGAUUUGGCUAUAAAUGUGAUGCGAAAGCUGGAACGCAGUGACGUUGACAGCCUACGUAAACUUGCCGGCUAUUUCAUUCGCAAGUCCGAGUUUAACUUAGCUGCAAAAAUUUAUGGGAAUAUCAACGAUAUAAAAGCAAUGGCACAGAUGCAUGUUGCUGCUGGGCACUGGACAGACGCAUUCGCGAUAGCCGAUCGUUACCCAAAAUUUGUUGAAGAUGUGUACUUACCGUACGCAAGGCACCUUGCUGAACGAGAUCAGUUCUUAGAAGCACAGAAAGCAUAUCACAAAGCUGGUCGCGAUCAGGAAGCUUUGAGAGUUCUCGAGCAGCUCACUGCAAAUGCUGUAGAUGAAAACCGUUUUGCAGAUGCCGGUUACUACCACUGGCUCUUGAGCAUGCAGUAUCUGGAGAGGUCCAAAGACAAUCCUUCGCUAGUUCCAAAAUUCCAGGAAAGUGCGAAAUUGGCCGAAGUCUACUACGCUUAUGAUGCUAUUUUCUUGUACUGUAAUCAACCAUUCACGCGCCAUAGUCCUGAAACGUUACUGAAUAUGGCCAGAUACCUCGCUGCGCAAAAACCAGUACCGAAUAUUUCUCAAGUACUUAUCAAUUAUACGAUGGCCCGUAUCGGUCGUGAACUGGGUGCAUAUAAACUGGCUCGCGAUACUCUGGAUCGGCUCGGAAGUCUUCGAGUACCGCCACGAUUGCAAAGAGAUGUCGAACUUAUGACUGUUAACAUUAGAGCUAAGCCAUUCUCAGACGCGGAGGAUCUAUUGCCUGUCUGCCACAGGUGUGGCCUGAACAAUCCACUGACAUGUGGAAUGAAGUGUGUUCAUUGUAAAACUGGGUUUGAACAUUCUUUUGCUACAUUUGAAAUCUUGCCUUUGAUUGAGUUUACGAUCGAUGAAAGUAUUUCAACUGAAGAAGCAACGAGUCUGAUAGAAUCUGAACCACCACUAAACGACUCGAAUUUCAACCCUUUCCAGAAUAUCUCAAAGAAAUCCGGGGAGGUGUGCUUAAGUCGCGACGACUUGAAUCGACUUGAGAAAGGGCAAGUGAUCAUUCUUCACCUGCCGGAGCCUCUUAAAACUCGUUUUUUGUUCAAUCAAAUGCCCUCAAUUUCCGUGUCGAAGUGCCCGUCAUGUAACAAGGUAUUCCACAGCGACGAUUUUGAGAUGGCAGUACUUCAGGAAGGUCAUUGCCCAUUUUGUCGCAGUGUUCAGGAACGCCCUGACAAUCCAUACGCAUUGGACGAUCCUUAA